GAGCACAUGAUAUGCAAUAACCGUGAGUCUCUGAUACAUGUAUCAUUUUACUUACAUUUUAAGCUAUAAUUUAUUGAAUGUCUUUAUAUUGCAUUGGUCAUUUACAAAAUACAUUUGAAUGUAUUUCAUGCAAAAGUCAAUCUAUUUCAGAGAACUUUAAAUGAUCAUGAGCAUAAUUCUUUAAACAACUCUGGACUUUUGGACUUUUUGCAAUUAAAACGAUUGGUCACCACUAUGACACAGAAACGCCUAAAACCGACUGUUCAAGAUCGUGGCUAUGCUUGGGUAAUUGUAGCUGCGACGUUUUGUCUCAAUUUCAUCCAAGCUGGCGUGCGUUUCUCAUAUGGGCUUUUCUUCGUUGAGUUUCUGAAAGAAUUCAACAAAGGCAAAGGUCAAACAGCAUGGGUCGGUAGCAUAACACAGUGUGCGUUCAAUCUUCAAGGUCCAAUAUCAGCUUAUAUAGUAAACAGGUUUGGAUACCGCACCAGUGCUAUUGUUGGCUCUCUGAUCACAUGUGCCGGCUUCUUGUUGAGUUAUUUAGCAACUGAUCUAUAUUUUCUCUACUUGACAUAUGGUGUUUUGCAAGGUAUUGGAUUUGGAAUGGUUUUCCUGUCCGGAUUUGUUGCUACCGGGAAAUAUUUCAGAAAAAGGAGGACAUUUGCUGUAGGGAUUAGUUUCUCCGGGGGAGGUGUAGGAACAUUUGCAUUCAUUCCUGUCGCAAGACUGAUAAUUGAUACAUUUGGAUGGCGAGGGUCUGUGUUUAUAUUAGCUGGUGUUACUUUAAAUGGAUGUGUUUUUGCAUCGUUUUUAAGACCAUUUAUAGACGAUGAAUCAGGACUCGAAGUUGUAGAAGAAAUUGAACAAAAGUCUGCGACAAAUAAAGAGAAUGGUACAGAUGACACGAAAUCAGUGAUAACAGAAAUAUCAAAUACAAUUGACGAGCAUGAUAAAGUCGGUAAUAAAGAAAAACAAACUAUUUCCUUGGCUGUCAUGAAAACCUAUGAACUAAAUACGGACAAUGUUAUCACAAGUUUAGAUUUGUCACAAUCUCAACAUUCGUCUUAUGCUCAGGAUUAUGGUCAGGAUAUUUCAAAAGAAGUUACGAUAGGACCAUUAAGAUAUGAAACAGACAUGUUUAAAGAAAAUGAAGAAUCAAAAGAACUUAAUCUAAAGACCCCGCAAGGUGAUACUAGCGAACAAGACGUGUUUAGAAAUGCUUUCAUAGAAAAGUUUUGUCCAAAAACGCUAGUGACAAAUAGUAAUUUUAUUAUUCUUAUGCUAUCAAUCGUGUUUAUAGCUUUGCCAGAGUUUGUACCAUUCAGCAUGUUACCAGACUUUGCAUUAAAUGUAAACUGUAGUUCAGCACAAAGUACCUGGAUGUUGUCAGCAGUUGGUAUGGGAGGAUUAAUUACCCAAGCUGGUGUAGGAUGCAUAGCCGAUAUGAAAUGUCUUCAUAAACUGAGUCUUCUAGGCGGCUGUCUUUUAUCAAUCGGCGUAACUACAAUGAUUGUUGCUGUAAUCCCGAUGUUUUGGACGCUCAUUACAUAUUCAGUUCUUUAUGGAAUGCUUUCAGGAGCUAUGUACACGGUGCAGCCAAUUGUAAUAUUGGAGUAUAUAGAUGAAAAGUAUAUGGCGACAAUGCAAGGGUUGACCAUGUGGGUGUACGGUAUUUCAGGAUUAAUUGGAAGUCCCGCCGCUGGUUGGUUGUUUGAUGCUACUGGAAGUUAUACAUCAAGUUUCUUGGCAGCUGGCGGUUGUUUUGUACUUAGUGGUUGUAUCAACUUUCUAGUCUUAUGUACAAAACGUAGUAGAACAGCUAGAAAACUUAAGAAACUAAAAUCUGAUCCGUGAGACAUUCUUUACAAAGGUUCAACGGACCAUUUUAGUACAAUAUCAAUUGAUAUUUCAACUUCAAAUCUUGAGAACUAAGAUUAAGUUAUUAUAUUAAUUGUUAACGUUAAUGUUAUACAGAUUUUAUUAAUACGUGGAAAAAAGAACAAAUAUGACUUAUAUAUCAUGUUGAUUUAUUCUAUAUAUAUUAUCUAGACCUUUAAGGUCAAAUGAUUGAAAUUUGUCUUUACUUUAUUCAUUUACAGAUUUGAUUUAUAAUUAUAAAAAAGGAACACAUGCUAUUAGUCUCCUAUCGGUACCCAGAGGGGUCUUUUCUCCAGCCGUCUGUCUGUCCGUUCGACCGUCAACAAAACUGGAUCCCAUGAUUAGAGUAAAACGUACUGAAAAUAUCUUUAUGAAACUUGAGAUAUAGAUAUAUGGCAGUCUGGAAAUCUUUUCCCCUUCUUCCAUGUUGUAAACUUUGGUUGCUAUGGCGACACGUAGACUGAGAA